GACUAUUGUUGACGAUUAUUGUCUCUUGUUUACUCUUGCUCGCGGUAACUGUCCGAAUAACGAUAGGUAACGUGCCGAUAACUCUACCGACGAGAGGUAUAGUCGUUUCGAGUGUCCGACCCUGUCGUCCCUUUCUAACGUUCGCGUGGUAGAUAUGGAAUACAGAAAUAUAUAUUCGGAAAUCAGCUUGAGGACAUGCAGCUCUGAGGAUAUGGAUGACGGUUCGAAUCGAAGGAGAUGUAGGUAUACACUUAAAGAAUUUUCACUAAAGUGGCAGGACUUGUUUUUUGAUCCAAUAAUAUCCCAACACGCUGCAUCAGCAAUGAACAAUUUACACUCGGAGACUAUUGAAGGCAAAAAUGAAUUUUCUAUUCGUGAAGAAGACAUUUUGGCUACUUUAAAAUCUAAUUCACACCCUACCAUUGAGACAUUUCAAGAAUUGCUUAAUCAAAAUCCUGAUGUAUUCCAUCGUGAACGCACUGCUAAGAUUCUCAUGUUUCAUUGGCAGUUGAUGAAACAAUAUGGAUUGCUAUCAGAUCAGUAUAAUACUUUGGAAAAUCUUAUGCCAAUAACAGCAGAUCGUAACCUAGAACCUGGAGUUCAAGUUCUUGAUGAUGAAGUAGAAGAUUAUGAAUAUUUACUUGAUGAUGAGCAUUUAUUGGCUGAAAGGCCAGAUCCUGUUCUCGAGUGACAUCUUACUUCGAAAAACAAAUUGUUGGCUUAAGAUUUCUUUUUCUUAUCAAUCAUCAACUGAUAAAUACAAUUAACACGUUCGCUGCGGCUUGAUUUUUAUAUAUGCAUUCCUUGUGCUAUUCAAAUGUACGUGUUUUUUUCUUUAUGACGCCUAUUGGCAUCAUCAUCGUCACUGAAUAAUUUUUUAUUUAGACGCUGUUUGAUACCAUCAGGCGUCAUUGAAUAAAUAUGUAUGUAAAAAUAA